UCUCUCGAGAUGCCUCCUAAAGGAAAGUCUAAGGGUGGGAAAGGUGCUGCAGCCAGUGGUGAUAAUACUGAGAAGAAAGAAAAGGGAUCCAAAGGGGGUAAUGCAGUGAAGGUGAGGCACAUUCUCUGUGAAAAGCACAGUAAAAUCAUGGAAGCUAUGGAGAAGUUGAAAUCUGGCAUGAAAUUUAAUGAAGUGGCGAGCCAGUACAGUGAAGACAAAGCCAGGCAAGGAGGCGAUUUGGGAUGGAUGACCAGAGGUUCAAUGGUGGGACCCUUCCAAGAAGCUGCUUUUGCUCUGUCCAACAGUACAACAGACAAACCCAUUUACACAGAUCCCCCUGUCAAAACUAAAUUUGGUUACCAUAUCAUCAUGGUUGAGGGAAAAAAGUAAAAUAUAUUUAUUUUCAGUUCGAUAUCUGUACUUUUGAUAAGAAAUAGAAUAAUUUCUUCUUUGUGAAGCCCCAGACCAAUUACAACAAACAAUGGACAGUCUGCUAUCAGUCCUUCAUAAUUUUAUGUUCACUGGCUACAAAGAAGGACAUGAAUAUUUCAGGGUUAUACCUCUAUUUACUUUGUUUCCCUCUUGUAGAAAUAACUACGGCAUACCAUUAUUCUUCAUUCAAAGAGAAGUAAUUAAAAAUUGUAUUUUUUGGAAAUUCCAUAUUAUUGGUGAAUUAUACCAAAAUAAACAGCAUGAAGUUAAACAACAAUUGCUAAAUUGUAAACUCCAUUUAAAGACUAGUCAUUUCUUCUGUAACACAUUGGUUGCAUUCUUGUGCAAGCCCAUGUGAUAGAAAAAUCGCGCUUUAGAAACACACCUAAAGUGCUGGCAAUGUAAUCGUGUUACAGACAACACAUGUUUUAAAUGUUCGCGCUUUGGAAACAACGUCGUCA